AUGAAGGUCACUUAUAUCCUUUCCGUGCUGGCCGCAACUGGCUUAGGGGCUUUCGCCGCUACGGAUGGCUCCUUCGACAUCCUCGCCAUGAACGUCGCGGGGCUGCCCGCCAUCUUCAAUGGCAACGAUGUUCCUGGAGAUAAAGCCACAAACGCGCGCACGAUCGGCUCUAAAUUUUCCCAAUACGCUUACGAUAUUAUCCACGACUUUAAUUAUCAUGCGUACAUCUACGAGACGGACAACCAUCCCUAUCGCACCCCAACUUCCGGCGGCGCGGCAAUAGGUUCUGGGCUCAACACUCUCUCCAACUUCAACUGGAUCAAUUUCUCCCGAGUCAAGUGGGAUGACUGUUCCAACGCCUCUGGUGCGGAUUGCCUUACACCCAAAGGCUUUACCUUCAUGAGGCUGUCAAUCGAUGACGGCGCUUGGAUCGACAUUUACAAUCUCCACACGGAUGCCGGAACGGAGACGGCCGACCUCGCCGCGCGGAACAGUAAUUUGAGGCAGGUGGCGUCGUACAUUGACACUUGGAGCGUUGGAAACGCUGUGCUUGUGUUUGGAGACACCAACAGUCGAUACACGCGCACAUCCGACCAAAUCUCGAUUUUCAGCACCCAGAAUGGCAUGGCAGACCCUUGGGUCCAGCUGGUUCGUGGAGGUGUGACCCCAACGCAGGAAACUAUUUGCGAAAACCCGAGCACCACGGAUUAUUGUGAGACGGUAGACAAGGUGUUCUACCGCGGCAGUCCCAUUGUCACCCUCUCGGCGACUUCCUUCAAUUACGACAGUACCAAGUUCCUCCAGGCAGAUGGGAAUAUUCUUUCCGACCACAAUCCCAUCCACGUCGAAUUCAACUGGUCCCUUUCCAACCGGUUCCGCCAGUCAAACUAUUGGGGCGGCCCUCACGGAAACUGGUUCACCGACUUACCCACAUUGAGCAGCAAGAGCGGCUCGAUCAAAACUUCGGUCAUUACUUUCCGCGGAGCGUCGCGUCUUGAUUCAGUCGGCCUCACUCUAACAGAUGGUACCAAGUUUGUGCAUGGUGGAACGGGAGGAUCAGAGACAAGCUUGAAGCUCGGCCAAAAUGAGUACUGGACCAGCGCGGUACUCUGUCAAGGGCAGAAGGACGGCCGUACGCGCAACUUCUACAUUCAAGCUACCACCAGCGCAGGUAACAAGGUCUCCGCUGGAAGCCUGACGUCUGAUUGCAACACGUUCCAGGCUCCCGCGGGAUGGCAGAUUGUCGGGUACAUGGGCCAGGAUGGAGAUGAGAUUGAUCAACUAGCCUUUAUUUACGCGCCGCAGUAG